ACAUCCACUCAAAGUGUAAAUAGGUUUUGUAGAUGUUAUUUGGUUUGUGAAGAAACGGCGAUAGCGUGUGUGUGUGUGGUUCAGGUGAAGUGCAGGUGGCCAAAGCCCAGCAUGUGCUGAUGUUCGCCCAGCUCUGCGAGAUGAAGCAGGGCAAGUCGGGCGUCCUCAUCAUCACCAACUUCAAGCUGUCCUUCAUCACCACUGAGAGCAGGCCUAGAGACGAGCUGGGCAGCCAGCAGAACAUGCUGCUGGGGGAGCACGACGUGUGCCUGUCCAACGUGGACGUCGUGUACCAGACGGCCGGCGACAAGAAGCGCAGGCUGUCUCCCGGCACCGUCCCGGAGAAGGUGAAAGGGCUGCACGUCGUCUGCAAGAACAUGAGAGUGUUUACCUUCAGCUUCAAGUUCUCACCAGUUGGACACGGAAAAAACGUAACGAAUGCUUUACUUCAUUAUGCAUUCCCAAAAAGACACCAGCUACUCUUCGCUUACGACUUCAGAGAGCCAUAUUACAACUGCGGGAAGGAAGUGUGCUUGUUCCGAAGCAAGGCUGAUUGGGAGAGAGAACUGAUGCACACUGGCUGUGCCGGUUGGAGGUUAUCAUCUGCCAAUCACAGCUUCCAAAUGUCCAUAAGCCUCCCGCAGUGGCUGGUGGUACCGGGCGCCCUGCUGGACUGGCAGCUGGGAGACGCUGCGGGCCACUUCCGGGGCCGACGCCCGCCCGUGUGGACCUGGGGCACCCCUGCCGGGGCGGCCCUCGUGCGGUUGGCCGACAUUGACCCCGCCAUUCCCGACAGGAUGAAGGAGAAUGUGAUGCUGGAAUAUGUCCGCAAGUCUCACCCCAACAGGACCCAGCCACUCCUGGUGGACUUGGGGAAAGAACUACCGUCACCAAGAGACGUCCAGGCCAGCUACGCUAGGUUCAGAGAACUCUGUGUACCAGAUAACUUCCGGCAGUUUUGGUUGCAAGAUAACAACUUCUACGGGCUGUUGGACAGCACACGUUGGCUGAGCCACGUAUCAGCCGUCCUGAGCAAGUCCCUCGAGGCAGCUGAAGCGAUGCUGAGCGGAGUAUCAGUAGCCAUACAAGAGAAUGAAGGGCGAGACAUGUGCUGUACGGUGGCGAGCCUGGUGCAGUUGCUAUUGGACCCUCUAUGUCGGACACUUGCCGGCUUCCAGGCACUUGUGCAGAAGGAAUGGGUAGCCCUAGGCCACCCGUUCUGCACACGUCUGGGACACAUUCAUCGGCCAGACAACGAAAAGUCAUACUUGUUUCUGUUCUUCCUGGACUGCGUGUGGCAACUGCUGGACCAGUGCCCAUCGUGGUUUGAAUUCACUGAGACAUACCUGACAACGCUGUGGGACUCUGCACAGAUGACAGUGUUCGACACAUUCCUCUUUGACUGCGAGAGGGAUCGGACCUUAGCUGCAAACGAACCCAACAACCCAAUGAUCCUCCGGAGCGUGUGGGACUGGGGCGAACAGUUCCUGGAGAAGGACAUAGCGCUAUUCUACAGCCCGCUGUUCGUGCCAAGCGAGAGGGACCUAACCUUGGUCCCUGUGCGUACCGGCCCGCCGCACAUGUCCGUGUGGAAGCAGUGCUAUUUCCGGUGGAUGCGACUGGUGGAGAUCCCGGGCGGGGGCAUGCCCCAGCUGGACUUGCAACUCAGAAUACUUCUGUCCGAGAUCACAUCUCUACGCAGAGGUUUGGCGGAGGGAUCAUACGAAGAGCUGUCUCCCAGACCGUCCGUCGUGUCACCAGGGCUUGGUUCAUUCUACCCGUUCGGAGGAAGCGGAGGGCGUCACGGGUCACUGCUGGCGAGCACCCUGACUCUAGACAACUGUUUCGGGGCUACCGAGUCGCUGAUAGACUCGCAAUCCUUACUUAAUGCGGACUAGCAACCGAAUGUGCUGUUCAUCCUUUGGAAAUGGAAGGAGGUAGAUCUGUACAAUUUAUUAUCUUUCCAACUACCAAAAUGGGGAAAGUACAAUCAACAAGCGCAUAUUGUAAAAGAGAAUGAACAAUUGUAAUAAUACUUGCUCGCCCGACGUGGAAGAUACAUUUUGUAUAUAUAUAAAUAUAUAUAUAAAAAUAUUGUCGAAUAACA